AAACACAAAGAAAAAAGGAAGCACAUUUAUCCUUACAACAUCAUAUCAAUUAGGAAAAGAAAACCAGCCAUCAUCUUCACAAACUUCUUCCACCAACAAAACUGUCUUAUCAUUAGAGUCACGCAACAGGACUUCAAGUCAAACAAAUGUCAAUAUAACUACCAAUCAAAUAUCUCAACCAACCAUAAAAACUG